GAGGCAAGCAUGCUACACGUAUGGCUGUCCAACAAUCUGAACCCAUGACAGGUAGCAGUCAAAUCCCCACGAUUCUCAAGUCUGAGAGAUUCUGAGAUUGUCAAGAUCAACAAGAACUUUGACCACGAGAACCGUAUAUGGGCCAAGUUGAAACAUGAAUAUGUAUUGCCCUUGCAUGGCACCGUAGAGCGGUUUGGCCCAUUUCGCGCAUUUGUUUCCCCCUGGAUGCCGAACGGGACUUUGGAAUCUUACCUUAAGCAUGCACAUGAGACCCUCUCGAUGAUAGAUAGGCUUCGGCUGCUUAAACAAAUUGCAGAGGGACUCCAAUACCUCCACGACAAUGACGUGAUACACGGCGACCUCACCAACGGUAAUGUUCUCGUUGCUACCGAUGGAUCCCCUCGUCUUGCAGAUUUUGGUAUCUCCAAUAUCAUGGGACAAUCCAACCCUGCCUUUUCCUACCACACCGGUGCAGUACGUUGGGCCGCUCCAGAACUUCUUGACUCCCCAGACGACCAACCCAUACAAUGCGCCACGAAAUCUACUGACAUAUACGCUCUCGGCAGUAUCAUGCUUCAGGUCCUAUAUGGGAAGCAGCCUUACUGGUGGCUGAAGUCUGCCAUACACGUUAUGUCUGCCAAGUUCAAAUGCACAGAGCCCAUUGACUCCUCCGUCGAGAUCGAGCCUAAUCACCUGGAUUUCAUGCGGCGGUGCUGGUCAACGAAGAGCGAGCUUCGUCCAUCAGUAGAAGAGGUGAUAAAUUAUCUUCAAGAAGCACUGUCAAAUGAGACUUCGUCUGCAUAAGGUCUCUGUUUUGAAGUGAUCCUCUUUCUUGUCCUUAUGUUAACUCGGGUGUCUCCUAUCAUAUAUCAUAUUGCUCGGUGUCCGCUCUCACUUCUCGGUGUCGUACGUGUAUGAUACACUAGCUGUAUUUGUAUUUAUGUAACAAUACUAAUGCGCUAGCAGACUACAUGCAAUACCACUCCUCAUA